AGACCGAAUUCGGUUUUUCAUAGUUUUUUUUCGCGAAAAUAAUAUUAAUUGCUUUAUUCAUUAUAGUACGGCUUAGUUAAAGCUUAAAACUGCAAAACUAUGGCGUCAGCAUUAGAGCAUUACGUAAAUAAUGUUCGCACACUUACAUCGGCAGGAAAUUUUAGAGAACUAGUAGAAUACUUAAAUGAUUCAACUGAACUGCUGUCAAAGAAUUCCAACAUUCUUGAUAAUGUUUUGGAAACAUUGGAUGUUCAACUCCAUUCACUCGGAGUUUUGUACAUUUUAGUCGCAAAAAUUUCUGAAAUUACUAAUGAAGAUCCCGAGCCAAUCCUAUCAUUAGUUAAAAAAUUUGUCAACAUUUGUAAUGGAGAACAAGUGAGAAAUGCAACACAAACAUACUUUGAUUUGUUUCACCAUUUUACAAAUCUUCUUGUGAAACGAAAACUUAAUACAACUCAGGGAAUACAAGUGUUGGCAACAGCCAUCGAGAAGAUUCAAUUAACAGAGUCCCAGCUGACGCCUUUGCAUGCUGACUUGUGUCAACUUUGCUUGUGUUCAAAACUUUUUAGUCCUGCACUUCACUUCCUUGAUAUCGAUAUCACUCAAAUCUCUUCGUCAGAAGAAAAUCAGGACGCAACAACCAAAUAUUUCUUGCUCUACUUUUAUUACGGUGGAAUGAUUUACACAGCUAUAAAAAAUUAUGAUCGCGCUCUUUACUACUUCGAAGUGGCAAUAUCAACGCCAGCUAUGGCAAUGUCGCAUAUAAUGCUUGAAUCAUAUAAGAAGUACAUUCUUGUCUCACUGAUAUUACGAGGAAAACAAAUCACGAUUCCAAAAUAUUCGUCACAAGUCAUUGGACGCUUCAUGAAACCGUUGUCACAACAUUAUCAUGAACUUUCCAAUGUUUACAUCAAUAAUGGAACACCAGACGCGGUGAGAGCUGUCAUGACAAAGUAUCAAGAAACUUUUAACCGUGACAACAACAUGGGCUUGGUGAAACAAGUACUGGCGACUUUAUACAAGAAGAAGAUUCAACGACUCACUAAAACUUUCCUCACAUUAUCCUUGUCAGAUGUCGCAAGUCGCGCUUGUCUGUCAACUCCAAUGGAAGCUGAAAAAUAUAUUUUGAAUAUGAUUAAAUCUGGUGAAAUAUUUGCAACAAUAAAUCAAAAAGAUGGAAUGGUUGUUUUUAAAGACGAUCCAGAAAAGUACAACACUCCCGCCAUGUACCUCAAGAUUCAGGAGGACAUGAAUAAUGUCAUUGAGUUGAAUAAAAAAAUAAGCGCUAUGGAGGAAGAAAUCAUGUUGACACCGAUGUUUGUUAAGAAAGCAAUCGUCCCUGAUGCCAACGAAGACAAAAAUUAUGUUGCUGAUGUUUACGAGUGAAAAUUUAAAUUUCUAAAUGAAAAAGGGAAGAGAAGAAUUGUUCAGAGUUGUAAAGAUCUUCAUAAACUUAUCGUUGAAAAUAAAACAUUUUUUUGUCAUAAUUUACAUCAUC